AGGGGCGGAGAGAAAGAGAGAGAGAGGUCAUCUUGGUAUGACAUCGGACGUGUUUCCCCCCACCUCGUUGAAGAAUGAUAGUUUUUCCUGUAUUUCUAGGGCACCAUCGAUUCAAUUUCGUGUCUGUCCUUCUAACGAAGUUUCAGCACCAUGGAUAGCUCCUCCCCUUCUUCAGCAGUGCAAAACGAGAACAGAGAAGAACAGAGAAGAAAAGCACGCAACUCAAACGGUCCUUGAAUAGAAAAGUUUCUGAACUAUUUCCUUAGUCAAGACUUGCUUUAAAAUGUGUUUCUACCGAUGAUACAUUAUAAAAUAGUGACAAAAUCUAAACUUCUGUGGAGUCAAACCUGGAGAGUGAUUAAUAUAUGUGUGCAUUGAACGGACAAGGGCUGACUGUGGAAAUUAAGGAAGAGAAAAUUCUAUUUUCCGAACCAUCAAAAGAUCCCCGCGCUCUAUAGUUUAGUUGUAUCAACAGCACGUACCUAUUCAAGUCUUCAACAAGCUUGGCCAGGACCGGGAAUUCGCGACCUUCUCUCUAAAAGUGUAGACAUUCGGAUACAUGCACAACAACUGGAAUGGAUGUAUAGACUUGUUCUGAGACGUCGUGGCAGAAGAAUAAUAAGGAUAAGGAAUUAUUUUCAUGUGUUUGCAUGCGCUCUCUGACCUUUUCCUAGUUUUUGAGCUUGUGUCACCUGCGCGGGAAAUGUAUAUUUUAUGAACCUUUUAACUUUUAUUUUUUAAGAUUUUACAGUCACAGUCGAAACAAUUCGUAUAUGUAAACAUGUUUCCUAAUACGGGAAUGGUGAACCCGAUGACGACCAUGCAAUUCGUAAUGGCAAAUCAUUUUUAACCUAAAAACUAAUUUUGAGUUUCAAACACCAGAUAGCCAACGCUUUUUUGUUUUUUACAAACAGCUAUGAGAAAAACUGCCUUGUUUGGAGGUAUGGUGAAGUGGAUCUUAUGGAAUUUGGUCUCAUUCCUCCUGUGCUGGACUUUUGUUGACGCACAGGGUGGAUCUGAGGAGAGCCUGACAGCAGAGGAGCAGAUGUACAUUCUUUAUGACAUUAAACUCCAGUGCCACCAGAACCUCUCCUCCCGCAACCCAGCCGAUGACCUCUGCCCCCCUGGUUGGGAUGGCCUUAUCUGCUGGCCACAGGGUUACCCAGGAGCUGUCACCAAGGUCCUCUGCCCCAGCUACAUCUUCGACUUCAACCACAAAGGUCAUGCCUACAGGAAGUGUGACAUCAAUGGGUCGUGGGUGUUUGUGGAGAGCCUGAACAGGACGUGGCCUAACUACUCAGAGUGUCUGGGCCCUGGAUUCUUGAAGCCAAGCAACGAGAGGGGGAAACAGGACUUCUUUGAGCGUCUGUAUGUCAUGUACACUGUAGGCUACGCUGUGUCCUUCAGCUCUCUACUAGUGGCUAUCUUCAUCAUCGGAUAUUUUAGGCGUCUCCACUGUACCAGGAACUACAUCCACAUCCACCUGUUUGUCUCCUUCAUGCUCCGAGCUGUCAGCAUCUUCGUCAAAGACCGGGUGGUGCACACCAGCGCCGGCCUGCAGGAGUUUGAUGCUGUGCUCAUGGAUAACUUCAAGACUGUGGCCAUGGCUCCGCUGGAUAACUCUCAGUAUAUUGGGUGUAAAGUGACAGUGUUGCUGUUCAUCUACUUCCUGGCCACUAAUUACUACUGGAUCCUGGUAGAGGGUCUGUACCUCCACAGCCUCAUCUUCAUGGCCUUCCUAUCAGACACCAAGUACCUGUGGGGCUUCACCCUCAUCGGAUGGGGUGUUCCAGCUCUGUUCGUGGCAGCAUGGGCAGUUGUCCGGGCAACACUAGCAGACGGAAGGUGCUGGGAGUUAAGUGCUGGGAACAUUAAGUGGAUAUACCAAGUCCCCAUUCUGACAGCCAUUGGGCUGAAUUUUAUCCUUUUUGUGAACAUUGUGCGAGUGCUGGCAACAAAGAUCAGGGAGACCAACGCAGGGAGAUACGACACAAGAAAACAGUACAGGAAGUUGGCUAAGUCCACCCUGGUGCUGGUGCUGGUGUUUGGGGUCCACUACAUUGUGUUUGUGGGGAUGCCUCACACCUUCCAGGGCCUCAGCUGGGAGGUCAGGAUGUACUUCGAGCUCUUCUUCAACUCCUUCCAGGGCUUCUUUGUAUCCAUCAUCUACUGCUACUGCAAUGGAGAGGUCCAAACGGAGAUAAAAAAUACAUGGACUCGUUGGAACCUUGCAUUGGACUGGAAGGUUCCGGUGGUGUGUGGCCGUUACCGCUAUGGCUCAGUGCUCACUGGGCUCAACAACAGCUCCAGCAGCCAGUCUCAGCUGGCUGGGGGCGGGCCCGCCAUCCGCUCAACCACCCUCUUCUCCAGCCGUGUCUAUCGUAGCAACGGACCCCCGACGCUGUCCACCCACACCACCCUGCCUGGCUACGUCAUCAGUAACUCAGACCCAGACAGCGUCCACCCCUCCAUCCCUGAGGAACCAGAGGAGAACAGUGCCAAGCAGGUGGAUGACAUCUCUCUGAAGGAGACGAUUCCUGUCCUCAAUAAUAGUACGAUCGCAGAUGAUGAUGAGGAGACGUUGUAGACAUGGGGA